AGCUGCCUGGAACUGCACAUGCACCACCACCACAUGCAUCUUUUACUUCUCCCACCGCAUCACUCAUUCAUCAUGAUCCAUCUAUCAUCAUUACUAGAAGGAGAAAUGUAUAAAUAAACUUGAGAUCUCCGAAAACUGACCACCAUGAUUCUAGAGAAUGAACAACCUCCGCCUUGAGGCCGAGGAGGCCCAGGAGAAGGUUGAGGAGCUCAAGAGCAAGGUGAAGACGCUGGAGCAGGAGAACCUCGCCAAGGAGCAGGAGAUCACAUCCCUCAACCACCGGAACCAGCUUCUGGAGGGUGAGGUCGAGAAGCUCGAGACCGCUCUCAAGGAGGCCAAGGACUCUGCCAACCAGAGUGCUCAGCACGAUACUCAGAACGAGGCUCUCCAGCGCCGUCUGCAACUGCUGGAAGAAGAGGCCGAAGACGCUGACCGGAACCUCCGGGAGACUAACGAGAAGCUCCGCCAAACCGACGUCAAGGCUGGCCACUACGAACGCAAGGUGCAGGCUCUCGAAGCGUCUCGUGACCAGUGGGAGAGCAAGUACGAGGAGAUGGCGAAGAAAUACGCCGAGUUGCAGAAGGAUCUGCACGACCUCGAGGUCUCCAUCAGCAAUGUUUAAAAAGGAGAUGGCGCCGAGGCCCGGAAGAUGCUGGAUUCAGCCUUUUCCCAAAUAUACUUUUACCUUGCUUUCUUUCCUGCACAUCACAGUCUGAUCUAUAUGUUCUGUCUGCAGGGAGACGGAUUUUAGCUGUAUCUUUUUCGUCUUGUCAUCUAGCUGGCUUCAUCCGCAUCAUCAACCGGUCUCUCCGCUUGUCCCCGU